AUGAAAAUGUUCAUCGCAUCGAUUCUCUUCUCUGCUCUGGCACUGAACGUGGCUCAGGGCAGCAUCUUGCCAGCCGCCUACUACCACCCAGGCCACUACCAUCCGGGUCACUACCAUCCAGGUCACUAUCAUCCGGGCCACUAUCACUUGGGCCUGAUACAGCCCAGCACCUGGAUCCAACACGUCCAGCUCGACCAUUACGAUCCACACCCCCAGUACUCGUUCAAUUACGGAGUGGCCGACGAGACGACCGGCGACUUCAAGCAGCAGCACGAGACCCGCGACGGUGACCGCGUCGUCGGCAGCUACAGCCUCGUCGAGCCCGACGGCAGCAGACGCAUCGUCGACUACACGGCCGACGACGUGCACGGCUUCAACGCAGUCGUCCGCAAGGAACCCGCCUUCGACAAGAAGAUCGUCGCCGUAGUGGCCAAUCACCAGCUCAACUCGCCGCUCGGCAUCGCCGCCCUACCGGUUCAACAGCCGAUUCUCGUGAGCAGCGGGGUUCAACAGCAACAACACCAGAAGCAGGACUAG